UUUCGACUAGAAAUGGAACUUUUUUAAAAUUCGAAAAGUAAAAGAACAAGCAACUUUAUCACUAUUGUUCUCACUCGACUAUGAUGAGUAGACAAAGUGAACGAAUGUUCUUGUGAUGAAUGAAAAGUUUCUCAGGCCGAUUUGAUUAUUGAUUAAAGAUGAGAAAAGACCGACGCAUAAGAUGAGAACCAGUCGCUCAUUUAAAAAAAAUGAUCUUCUUGCUUCUCAUUGGCUGUUACAUUUGUUUGGGCCUCACCCUCAUUGUCGCUCUUCCAGUUACUGUUGAGUGAACCUUUGGAGUCGAAUCAGGAAGAGGCGCUAUUAUUAUUAUUAACCAUCGACAUUAGCAUCAGUGUUAUGAUUAUGAUAAUGGUUAUUAUCAUUAUUAUGUAAGGGAGAUAAAUGAAUGGGAAAAGUGAGCGAGUGAGCGAGUGAGUGAGAGAUGAAAUUGAAAAUAAAGUUUAUCAAAAUGAUGAACAAAAUCCUAUAAACUUGAUGAUGAUUACAACACCGACAUGAUCGACAUCAUCAACUUGAUCAUCAGAAUCAGUAGUGAGUGUGAAUUGUGAAUUGUGAUUUAAAGUAAAAGUAAAAGUAAAAGUUUCCAUCUUUUCUGAUCACCAUCUCCAUCACCAUUAUCAUCAUCAUCAAUAAGCAUAAUUAUCAUCGGAUGUUGAUUAGUUGUGAUUCCAAUUGAUUGUAAUGUUUGUGAAUUAGUUACAAGUUACCAAGUGAUCUUUUGCAAUUAGUAAAUUGAAUCGAUUCAAAAUGAUGAACACUAAUUUCGACCAUAGUUUCUAUCAAACUGGACACGAUCCUCACUCAGUUACCUACAGAUUUUCGGGUGUAUCUUCCUCAUUACCAUCGUCUUUAAGUGAUCCUCAUCAUCCUCAUUCGCAUUCACAUUCUCUUCCUCACCCUCACUCUCACUCUCACCACCAUCAUCACAACAACAACAACAACAAUAGUUAUGUGGACAGUUCGGCAGCUUCAGCAGCGGCCACUGCAGCAGCGACCGCCGCUGCUACUGCAGCGGUCUCAGGAUCGGAUGUCAAUCCACCUCCUCCAAAUUUUUAUCCUUGGAUGACUCCGAUCAGUGAUGAUAUUGCAGCAGCAGUUCAUCAUCAUCAUCAGCAUCUUCAUCAUCCUGAAGCAUCAUCUUUACUUCAUCACCCUUUCUUACCGAGCAAUGGUGUUACUCUUGACUGGUCCAGUCCUUCAGCUGUUGCUUUCUCAGCGGCUGCAGUUUCAGCUAAUAACAAUAGUCUCCUCUCUGGUUCAACUGUUGCAUCUUCAACCAAUGGGCCCCUUGGAAUGGGAAUCGGCAGCGGAGGAGGAAGUGGUGGCAGUGGAGGUGCAAGUACAAACGGUAACAAUAGUAGUUCAUCCAAUGGAUUAUUAACUCCAAGCCAUCUUCAUCCUCAUUUCACUUCUCAUCAUCAUCAUCAUCACCCUUCUUUAACAUCUCACCUUAAUCACCAUUCAUCGUCUCAUAAUCAAACUUCAUCUUCAACUAAUCAUCAUAAUCAUCAUCACUCACAAAGAAAGAAACGUAAACCCUACACCAAGUACCAAACAAUUGAAUUGGAAAAAGAGUAUUUCCAGAAUCAUUAUGUUUCCAAACAGCGGCGAUUUGAUUUGUCUCGUUCAUUAGGAUUAACAGAAAGACAGGUUAAGAUAUGGUUUCAAAAUAGAAGGAUGAAAGCAAAGAAAACAGAUAAACGAGACCAUCAUCGUCGACAUCACCACCACCCUGAGAUGAAAUUCAAUAGAAAUUCAGAUUAGGAUGAAAAAGAAGAAGAAGAAGAAAAAAACUUUUCAAUUUCGAGGAUCCCAAUUGAUUUACAUUCGACAAUAAUAACAAACUCCCGUCAUUAAAGUACAUGAAACUCCUCCUCGGACAUAAAAUCUACUCUGAAAUUAGAUUUAGAUUGAGAUAAAAGUUCAGUCGAUCCCCAUGAAUAUUUUCAUUUAUCAGUUUAUAGGAUGAGAAACAAGAAAAUAAGUCAAACACUGAAUUGGAAUAUAAAUACAUCAAAAGUAUAGGUUGAUUUGAAUUACUUUAAGUUCAAAUACACCCUAUAGGUUUGGAUACUAUAUUCGAGAAGAUGAUAACCAAAGAGAGAGAGAGAGAAAAGUAAGAGACUGGGCGAUUCUCUCUCUCUCUCUCUUUCUUUCUUAUGUUUUCUUCAAUUUCGAGUCUCUGAAUGAUUUUCGUCUUCUUCAUUUCCUUCAUUCUAAUUACUUAAUUGAUUUACUUUUUCAUGUGUUUCUACAAUCUGAUGAUGAUUAUUGUUCUCAUUCUUGAUUGUGUUCACUUGGUUGAUUCUGUUUCUCAUCAAUUUUACCAACAAUCAACUAAUUUCCUGAUCCGUUUUCCUCCUCCAUGUAAUUGUAAAUAGUUAAUAACAAUAAUAUAAUUUAUAAACAAUUGUAACUCCAAUUUGUUUCCAAUCAUUUCGUGAUCAACCAACAUGAUAG